AGCCAUGCGGCUCAAGACUUUGGAAGGCAUGAAGUGCGGCACAGCGAAACCAGGACUCUGAGCAAUGGAAUGCCUGAGAAGGAUGGACACUUACAAAGCAAAAAGAGUCCAGGAAUGCUUCUUUUGCCAUCCAGGCAGAAUGAUCGACCAAUUGAAGCAUCUGAGUUACGUGAGAUAUUGAGCUGGACCCUCAAUGAGCCUACGUGGGAGACAGAGUUAGUUUCGGGUCUCACAGUGCAACGGCUCUCUGCAAGGGACGACAGUCGAGAUUGCUAUGUAGAACGUGGACGGUGUGAGGUUGUUUUGGAUGCGCCGAUUGAAACAGUUUUCGCGUUGGUUGAUGAUCCAGAAGAGCGUGCCAAGUGGGAUGAUCUUGUCGGUCCAAGCAUGAUGAAAUACAAAGCGAGCGGUUGCAGAUUCGUAUCCUUCAAGUUUGACGGACUAAUGGGGCUGGCUGCCGAGCAGUUCUUUUUCUGGGACGCCCAGCAAGCCUAUGACAGGAAUUGCUUGGAGUGUGGUCCUGGCCGCCCAUUCUGGAGUUACGUUCUCUUGUGGCAGCCAGCUGCAGUGUCCUGGGAGGGCUUGCCGUCCUAUGCAGGCUGUCAUCAAUCAGCAGCCUUUGCAAUAGGAUUGGUCCGCGAUGGUGCGGAGCCCGAAACGAAGACAAAGGUCGUGGGUAUGGCUCGCGUGGAAGUUUCAAGUGGCAUGGUUCAGUACUUUCUACCUUCCGUCAUCCGUACAGUCCUCUCUUCACAAUCGCAGCGUCUUUUGGAGACGAUUGGCCAGAUCAAUGCUGAUGCUCAGCACCGAAAGUUGCUGCAGGAAAAGGGCUGCAGAGGCUUGCAGUUGGCCCAACAGCCAGAUCAAGAAGUGCCUGAGACGACAAAUGUCAAAAAGGAUUCAAAAGAUGAUGCCUUUCUCCUGGAGAUGCCAGAAACAUUGCAUACAGGCCAUGCAGCCGCCUCUAAACAUGCUUCAACUGCAGCCUCUUUGGAGACUGUGCGGCCGGCACGGGAGGCACAAGGGCGGACGGACGUGCAAGAUAUGCAAGCUGAAGGGGAUGGUGCAAACAAACCUGAUGAGCCUGUUCAGCAGAAGCAAGGUUUGGUACAGCAGAGAGUUUUAGCAAGUGAAGAGACUGGAGUUGCUCUAGCCAGAGAGGCCGAAGACGCUCGGAACUCGAGGAAUGACGUGGUGGGCAAGGCCAACAUGGACUUCAUGUUUUCUGCAGGAAGUGACGCUGCCACCCAAACCUCAAGCCCAGAGCGUAGGCGUCGGAAGCUAGAACUCCCAAGUGGCUUUGAAACAGAGCUAGCUGAGCUAGAUGUUGGCUUCGGCCUCCAACGAUUGGAGUCUGGUAGCAUGGGCGCAAGGCCAAGUGGGUCAAGCCGGUCAAGCUACCAAGAUCCUGAACCAAAGUCUCCUUUGAGACUUCGACUUGCGAACAUGCAGUCAAAAUGGCUUCAGGAUGCCCAACCGAAGUUCACCGAUGUCAAAGAUCUAAAAGCAAAGUUGAACAUUGCGGUUGCGCAUGAAAGUGAGCUCAAGCGACUGCGUGGAACAAACAGUUGGCUAAUUCAUUUGAUGAGGGAGGCUGGUGCCGAGGAGUUCCUGGCACCACCAUGGCAGCAAAGCCCAAGCUAUCAGCCAACAGAGCAGGCAGAAGAGCUACCUCACUGAUUUUGGCAGAGCUAGCAACACAAGCUUUUGUGUUCCGAAUAACGCAUCUAUGGCCCCAACAUGGGGCUGAGCUUUGAUCAAGAGUGCGGUAUUUUCGCGCCACAA